AUGUUUACUGGAAUAAUAUUACUCUUGAUCUUCUCAUUUCAACACAUCGAUUGUCAAUUAAGAGAUCAAACAAUUCCAUCUAAUUUUGAAAAAACUAUUCGACAACAAUACGAAUUACUUAAUCUUAAUAGUUUACCAUAUAUCAAUUCUAGACUCGAGGAAUUAUUAGCAAAUAUAUUAUUAUUCAAUAAUAAGAAUACGACAUGUGAACAAGAUAUUGAAUUAGUGAUUCAAGGUGUAUUAAAUCAACAAUUAUGGGCAUUGAAAAUAUUAGAUUCUUGGGGUAAACCUUUACCAUCUGGUUUACUCAAAGGUAAUGUCUUUUGGGCUGGGAAUUAUGAUGAAUGUAUUCAACCUUUAUAUCAAUAUGAUAGUCAAUCAUACGUAAAACAACCUUUUGAAACUCAAUAUUGUAAACUAUUAACAAAUCCAUCAAAUGCAGGUGCUUUUGUUAGUUCAAGUAUAGUUAUAGGUCUUUGUUUCCCUUCAUCAUGUCAUAGUCAAUCAAUAGUUUCACUAGUUCAAAGCAUGUUAAAUAACAGUAUAAAUCUAACAAAUGAUUAUUUACAUUGUUCAAAUGAUCAUCUUAAUGAAAGAAAUAAUCGAUUAAUAGGAACAAUAAUAAUAUGUGUUAUUCUUUCGAUAUUAAUUAUUCUUGUUCUUAUAGCAACUAUAAUCGAUCUUAUUAUUAUGAAUAAUGAGCCAUUAUCAAAGAAAAUAUGGAUAGCUGAAUUUUCCGCUCUUCGUACAUUACAAUAUAUUUUUAAUAUGGAACAAAAAAAAUCUGAAAAUUCAUUUCAUUUUAUUAAUGGUAUUCGUGUACUUGCUCUUUUUUAUAUUAUAUUUUGUCAUUCAUUUCUAUUUGGUAUGAACUAUACAGUUAAUAAUCUUGAUGUUAUUUCUUGGUCACAUUAUUUUAUUUUUCAAUUAAUUACAAGUGCUGUAUUAAAUGUUGAUACAUUUUUUGUUCUUAGUGGUUUUUUAACCGCUAUUCUUUUUGUUCGACAAGUUAAGAAAGAAAAAUUAUCCCGUCGAUUUAUGUUUCUCUAUUAUAUUCAUCGAUAUAUUCGAUUGACACCUACUUUUAUAAUUAUUAUGUUUAUGAGUAUUUAUUUAACACCUUAUCUUGGUUAUGGACCGGCAUAUCCUUCUCAACAAGGAUUUGAAUCGGAAGAAUGUCGGAAUUAUUAUUGGUGGACAGCUUUUUUUUAUAUUGGGAAUUUAAUUAAACCACAAAAUAUGUGUUUGAAUGUUUCAUGGUAUCUUUUCAAUGAUAUGCAAUUUCAUUGGGUUGCUCCACUUGUUCUUAUUCCAUUUGUACUUGGACGAAAACAACUUGCAUAUAUUGUCGGUAUUAUUUAUAUUUUUAUCAGUAUGGCAUCAAUUUUUGGUCUUCUUCUUUACUAUCCUCAUCUCAAUCCUAAUAAUGUACGUAAUGCUAUUCAACAAUCUACACAGCCUACUGAACCUACUUACUUUAAUGUUAUCUAUGUUGCUCCAUGGUGUCGAAUUUCGGCUUAUGCUAUAGGUCUUCUUACUGGUUUUCUUGUUAUUAAUAAAGGUCGUACAUAUUCUAUUAACAGUAAAAUAAAAUUAAUAGGAAAUCUUCUUACUAUAUCAAGUUUUUUGGUUUGUAUGUUUUCAAUGUAUGGUGAUUAUAAUUCAGUCAAUGGUCUUAAUCGAGCAUCGAUCAUUGCUUAUGAUAUGUUGUCUCGUCCUGCUUGGUCUUUAGCUGUUGGAUGGAUUAUUUUUUUGUGUAGUGUUACUGAAAAUGGAAUAGUAAACAAAAUUUUAUCAUGGCCUAUUUGGAUUCCUUUAACACGUUUAAAUUAUGCAACUUAUCUAAUUCAUUUGACUAUUAUCUAUAUUAUUAUAUACAAUCAAACAAUGCCAUUCUAUUAUCAACCACUUACUGUAAUCAAUAAUUAUGUAUCACAAUUAUUUUUAAGUUACGCUGCAGCUAUUCCUAUACUUAUCUUUUUAGAAAGACCAUUUUUUAUUAUAGAAAAAAAAUUAUUCAAAAGAUAA